UCUCCUUUUUGUCCUUUGUUUUAUUAUGCUGUUGUAUCUGCUCACAGCCGCGCCGUUUACGAUCCCGAUUACCUCCUCCUCUUGUCGAUUACCUCCUCCUCUUGCUUGUGCUUCGUCUAAGUUCGGCCGGGCAUCACGGCGUCAGUCGUCGGUGGAGGAGCAGAUCCAAAGCGGAGCGACUACGAUGUAAAUCCUAAAUCAAAUAAGUGCACGUGGCGAGGUCGAGAGUCAUCUGGAUCGCACGCUUCUUUCAAGGAAAGCGACGAGGCCAGAAGAUCUGCUUGCAGAAGAACUGCGAUGGGGCAAUGGGAGGAUCGAAGAUUUUUCCCUCUCACGAGCUUGCAGAUCGGGGAUCUUCAGUCCUAUCUGUCUCAUUUGACUCUUUUUUUCGCUAUAAAAAACAAGAAAUUAUAUAUCCUAGUCGAUAAUCGUCCAUGGUUGAUCCACCAAGAUUCACGAGCUACUCACUUGUGGCAGUUAAUGGUUACCAAGUCUAGGCUAUCUCCUUUUGCAAACACAAGAUCCACUAGAGUUACAGGAGGAGAUUUUGGGAAGAUUCUAGAAUUUACCAAAAGCUCUAGGUCUGUUUCCUUCAAAAGAAACAGAUUACGGAAUUGGUUAUCCUUGAUUGAUGCUGCUCGCAAUUAUAAGAAAAAUUUGCACCAUGUCAAGAAAUUGAAAGACUCCUUCCUUUUGAGUAAUGAUUUGCAUUGCCCAUUAAAUGGAUGCAUUGUUUUUGAAGUAGAAUGGAAGCAUGUGCGAAGUAUCAACUACAUCAAUGAACUGCAGACUGACACAUCAUUAGCUUUGGAAGUUAAAUUGAUGAAAAGAUGGGAAUUUGAUAGUAUUGAACAGGCUACUAGCUGCAUCUACUUUUGGUAUACUGGUACCAGCAUUGAGUGUUCUCUCCUGAAAGAUUAUCUAGAAGGAAUUUCCUGCACAGAUGUGUUUUAUGAUGCCCAGGAAGAUAUUUCGUCUUCUAGUGAGGCUGCUGAAGAGCUGUCCACUGUUGUUGAGUCUCACCAGGAAAAACAAUUUUAUAUGUAUUCCAAUUGUUCGUAUUCUCCUGGAAGAGUGGAAGAUUUAGAUUCACCUUUCACGCCACCUGCUUCUGGGCCUUAUAAGCGAAGAAAGAUAAUAAAACCAAGCAUGUACAGUGAUGCGGAUGAACUUUCUGAGGAAGCAUAUAGCGAAAAUGUGAGAUCUCCAUCAACAUUAUCGUCAACUUUAAGUGGUAGUGAAAGUGAUGAUAGGUGUUUGGUUUCUGAGGCUAACACGUACAAGGAUGUAUUCAUCUUAUUCAGAUUUGAUGAUCACGAUCUCUCAUUUAAGCUCAAGGAAAUAAUUAUGUCUGAUCUGAGACUACUUACAUUAUUGGAGUAUGGACUUCCUUCUUGGGUCAUUUUUCUUCAAUCCUACCCCGUUUUUUGUCAAAUAUAUCGUCCAUGGAUGUGUCCUUUAGCCAGGACUUUUUACGUAUUAAUGUCUAUAAUCACUGUCCUCAUAGGAUUCUAUGACCUUUAUAAGAAUGUUCCUAUAUUGAAGGCAACUGCUGCAAGAUUAUUUGGGCCCUUCUUUAACUGGAUAGAAUCAUGGGAAAUGAUUUCAAGGAUCAGAUACCUGGGAACUAUGCUUUUUCUUCAUAACUUUGAGAAAGCUUUCAUGUGGUUCCUAAUGGUUGCACGUGCUACAAAGCCAUUGUUUUCAGUAUUGACAAAGCCAAUUGCCGGCCCUAUCAUGGAACUUUUUGAACUGAUAUUUCCCAUGUGGAAUGCAUGCUUUGAUACUUUAGGGAACCUCAAUUGGAUUAUUUGGAAUGUGCUAUCAUCUUCAUGCAACGUGAUUUCAAGUAUAUUGGAAAUUAUCGUUUGGCCUUUCUGGUUUGCCUUUUCAACUUUAUGGACUGUAGUGGCACAUGUAAUAUACCCCGUUGUCUGGCUUCUUUUGGAGAUUGUCAGUGCUUCUGUUCGCUUGAUUGUUACAUUAACUAGUUUCCUUGGGAUGCUUUUGGCCAAUGUCUACUACCUACUACAAGGAACCUGGUCAGCUAUUGGGGCUUUGUUUCAGCUUGCAUCUCCAUCUGAAGCAACAGCAGUGGCCUAUGAAGUCUCAAUUUGGCGAUCACUUUGGAAUGACUUAUUUUCCAAGGUAUUCCGUGCAAUUCGAAGCAUUUUUUAUGGUUUUGUUGCUUUUUUCACAGCUUGCAAUAGGCAUAGGUUAAGCAUCUACAAUCACAUCCUAGUGCUUCUUCAUCGGUUUUCUCAUGCCACCCUCUCUUGGAGACUUUCCAGGUCUGAUCGUGGGAGGAAGAAAGACAUAAAUCAAAGCCAUCUACGAGAAAGUGAUAGAUCAAAGCCUAAAUCUGGCUUGCAAACACCGGAGAGGCUACGAAGAAGGCACACGAGGCGACUAACUUCUGAAACAUAGCACAUUGGAUAGUACAGGAAGUGCACGUUCCUUCUUUCUUUAUUCUUUUAUUUUGGGUCUCAGAGAAGUUGGAUACUGAUCCCUUUUUUCUCUUCUUUUGGGGAUGGAGGGAAGUUGUAGAUUUACUAACUGGGUGGGAAAUCUAACUGUAGGCUCUGCGUUAGAAACGUCUUGUCUAGUAUGGUCAUAUAGUGAAGAAAUUAUUAGGACUCCUGGUCAGCUCAUCCUUAGAAAUAGUAUAGUAUGCACAUAUACUUCAUCAAAGCUUGUUCUUGGGCACCAGCGUAACAAGAUUGAAAAAAACAGGCAAUCCUUCCACAUCAAAGAUUUGGCCGGUGUGCAGACCACACUUAUUGACACCUCUGGGCUGGUAAUGUAAACUAAGUGGUGUGGUUGCAAUACCUUUGAAUUGGUAUCAACAAUAUUGUCAGUUUAUGCUAGAAUGUCAAGAGAUUUUAAUGCCAGCCCUGUUCUCUAAAAUGUGUGGACUUUAUUAAUUUGGUGACCGACUUUCAAACUUUCAUGAUUAUUUCUUUCAAAUCUGUAAUAUUUUGACUGGAAAAAAAAAUUGUCCGAGUGAAUAGGAAGUUUUCUAUUAUAUGAAUUGUGGAAUGUUCAAUCA